GGGGGUUGAUCGCUGCAGCAUGCGAAUCGGCGGCCAUGUCACAACAUGGGGACUUGUGAGGAUGCGGAGCGGAGGGUUGUGGCUGUGCCGUUGCGCGGCGGAUUGUUGCAGCAUGCCUUGAAAAAGAUCACCGAAGUGACAGGAGUAUAUUCCUGCAAGUUAGAGCAUCUAGAAGACGGAGCACAAGUGGUCAUUCGGGGUCCGCAUGGACAACUCAGCCACUGUGCACAGCUGGUGCUCAGAGCUGCUGUAGGUGACUUUCAUGCUUUGUCGGUGGUGGAGCUCUUUCAGCAGGUCUCCACACCCAGAAAGCUGACUGACUCGAAGGGUUCCGGGCAGACUCCACUGCAGGUCAUUGGUAUAUCCACAGGCUGCGAUUUGACCCUGCAUGGCUCCAAGCUGCAGAUACAAGGGCCAUCAGCGGCAAUUGCCAAGGGUGCCAUGAAGAAGGUCGAGAGGUUUCUUGCUUCCGACAGCACCGACAUCAACGAGGUCUUGCAGGCGGCGAAAGCUGAUGCACCCAGGAACAGCAACUCAAGCGUCUCUGACAUCCAGACCCGAGCUGCAGCUUUACGGAGACAGUCGAGACCCUCCAAAAAGGAUGCAGAACGUGAGGAACGAUUUGUGGAGAUCCCAAACCUCAGCAGGAACCGUCUUUUAAAUUGUCAAGGUGCCAUGAUUCGCAAGCUACAAGAGCUUUAUGGAGUGCACGUCAAGGUGUUAGACAGCAAAGAUUACCCAGAUGUUCCCAAGGAUUCUCUACCUUUGCGGCUGAAAGGAAGUCCCGCGAAUGUUGCAGACUGCGAAGGUGUCCUUUGGCAAAUGUCGCAGGACGACUUCUCAGCGAUCGGCUUCGUGGUGACACCGCUGCGACUGGCUCGGGUGGAUUUGCAGGCCUUUGCAGGACACAAGAAGGACUCUAGAUUCCUGCACAACAUCUGCAGAAACUGGAAGGAGGUUCUUGCAAUCGAUGUCGCCUAUAACGACAGCAACAAAGGCCAUGAACAGAUGUUGGAAAUCACACUUUGUGGUGAGUUGGACAAAGUCAUGGCCCUGAAAGAAGCAGUUUGUGCUUUCGCCCCUCUAAUUGAGCGAUCUGAGCGCUACCAGUCAGAGCUUGCCAAGAACACACAACUGUUGAAGGAAAUUCUUCAAGAGAUUGUCGAGCGCGGUUUGGCGCAGCCUGAAGGAGACAAUCUGAUACCACAUUCAGGGGAUCAGAGUGAAGUCUCAAAGCUCCAAAAGUACAUGCGGCGUCGUGGUGAUGACCUCCUUCGCUCCCUAGGACCUGCUGUGCUGAAAUUGCUGGGCCUCACUCGGCGACGCCUCACUGGCAUGGUGAAGGACCAUGUGGCUCGUGUUGGAGGUGAGCAGGAUUAUGCUGACGAUCUUGAGAUUGACUGUGAUGAAGUGAAGCUGGCCAUCAACGAUGGCACAGUUUUCAUUCCCAAGAGUCAGUCGAGUGGCUUGAGACUGGGGGAGAGCAUCACCUUUCGGCUUGUGGUUGUGGGCGACCGUUGCACAGCUGCAGACUUGGAGCAUGCAGCGUGGCAUCCGCCUCCAGCCCAACCCGGAUUGAUGAGGGGUCCGGGCAGUCCUGCAGGGCCUGCAGGGCAAUCAGGGCAUGCAGGGCAUGUACCCGAUCGGGUGCCUGUUAUAGAGAUGAGGAUGGAUGAACUUGGCAGGCGCUACUAUUGGAACCAUACAGAGAUGACCUCGGAUUGGAAGCCUCCGCCACCACAGAUUGGCUUUUGGCAGCGACUCAUGGACUACAGGAGCAGACGCCCAUACUACCACAAUCCUGGCACAAGAGAGACUGUAUGGCAGCUCCCUGUGUCACAGGUGCCAAGCAGCGCUGAUUUGGCAGCGCCGCCUGGGGUUUUCACCCAGCCCACCUCGUUGCGGCUGCAGCCGGCGGCGCCAGCGAGGUCGAUGCCAGAGGAGAUGCCCCAAGGGGCACCGGAGCCGGAGCCGAUGCCCCGCAUUCCCCCAACACGACGGCCAGAUGGAGGUUCUACUCGACCACGAGAGGAGCCUGGAGAGCAAACGAAUCGGCAUUUCAUACCAAGUGCCCAGCAGCACAAGGAAGAUGCUCGAGACGGCGACGAAUUGGACGACCUCAGCCCGGCCCUGGAUUGCGAUGAGCAGACGGAGCUAGAUGCGAUUGUCCAAGAAGCAUUGGAGCGGCAGAGAAAGGAGCAGCUGGCGGAAGAUGCUGCAAGCGAUGUGAGGCUUGAUGAAGAACGUCCGGAGGUAUUCGAAGCCGCAGACAAGCUGCCAGACAUGGACUUCUUCGACCCGUAUGGGGAAGGAGAACAAUACCGCGAGCAUGAAGACUUUGAAAAGGAGGAUCCGGUGCCAAAAAGUGACAGCUGGUCCAAAGACCAAGAAGAGGAGUUGAGUGAAGCCUUGGAAGAGCGAUGCAAAGCCCGAUCAGCCGGCUCCAAAAGGCCAACAACGGGCAAGAGCAGGCAAGAUCAGGAUUCCUUUGAUGCCAGACCUCCGUUGCCAAGGCGAAAGAGAAAGGCAGAUAUGGCUGAGUUUGGUGCUGAAGAGGGCAAGCGCCGUGUGACACAGAAGCCCCGGCCGCCUGCACCGCCGCCGAAGCCACCACCGCCACACGUGCCGCCGCCUUUAGCAGCAAAGAAGCGGCAGAUGCAGCAGCCUGAGCCUCCGAAAGAGCCGCCCAGCUGGUGGAGGGAAGAGGCAAAGAACCAGUCAGCAAGCACGUUCAGUGAGCAGGACAAGGUUCCUCUCAAGCCACCAGAGCCUCCCGGGCCACCUUGGGUAGAAGAUCAUGGAGGUCCCCCGGCAUCACCAGUGGCAUCGCCAGUGGCAUCACCGUCGAACCGUCGUGUGGUCAAGGUGAAUGUCGUGAAGCUUUCAAGCGAGAACAAGGAUGAUGGGGUGGAAGAUCACGAGGAGCCUGGAAGCUGGCAGGACGCAAGCGACAUUCCGGUGCGUGAGGAGAAUGAGAAAAGAUCCUUACCGCCAAGGCCAACCAAUCAGCACGGCCGUCAUGGCACUCAAGGUCCUGGAGAAAGGGGCAGGAAGCGGUUGGUCAGAAGCUGGGAUAGCCGGAAGAAAGAGUUUGUCUACCAUGAGAAAUAUGAUGAUGAAGGGCCAAGAAAAGGGGGCAAUAAUAAGAAAGCAUGGAAUGAAGGCUGGACGCAAGAUUCAGAACAGUGGGCAGAUAGCUGGACUGGCAGAGAAGUUCGCUCACGCUGGCAAAAAUCCAAAGAUUCCUACUACUACAAGUAUUGAUUUAAGUGGCAGAAGUUUUGUUCGGAACAAAGAGUUCGAAGAAAACACGCCUGCUCAAAGAUUACGCCGAAGCCGUGUGCAUACUUUUAACAUAUAUUCAUUUUGAAAAUAUA